AUGAUACAGGACUUUCCAACUGAGUCUAAUCCGUUCUAUCUAUAUAAGGUGCAGUGGUAUAGAGCGCCUAUACACAUACAAAAGAUGAUAUUAUUCCUGUUACAAAGAGAAACCAAGGAGUUUACUUUGACUGUUGGUGGAUUAUUUACUGCGUCUAUGGAAGGUUUUGCCAUGCUGACACCAUUAUUUACGCUAAAAUGCACUUCGGAUGUUAUUACCAAGGUGCUGUCUUCUGUAUCUUUCUAUGUAGGACGUAUAAUAGAGUUUAACACAUUCUAUGUUAAAAUUGAAGCUUAUAUAAAGUUAAUAAAAUGGCAGAUAAAAAAGUUACUAACGGAGCUUCAAUAUAUACAUAACAACUUAAAGGAUAAAAAUGAAAUUGCUAUUGUAAAAAAAUAUAGUCGUAUUGCGAAACGUUACACAAUUGCGAUUACAGUAUUAGCAGUUUUUGGAGUUUCUUUUAGCAUUAUAAUUCAAUUUCGGGCAAAACUAUUGAAUGUUAUUGUACCCAUCAAUAUAUCUCAACCGUAUCAGUUUCCUGUUUUGAUAGAAUACUUUGUCGACCAAGAAAAAUACUUCUAUUUGAUUAUAUUGCACAUAUACGUAACAGUUUGCAUUGUUGCAAUUAUAAUGGUAGCAACUGGUACAAUAUACAUUACUUGCAUUCAACACACCUGUGGAAUGUUUAGAAUUGCUAGCUACCGUAUUGAGCAUGCAAUGAAUUUCAACAAUUUACAAAAUAUUACACUAGAAAAUGAGAUUUUGAUGACCAAUGGUAUAAUUUAUGCGGUAAACAUGCAGCGGCAAUCUAUGAGGUAUGUAUUUACGUUGAUAAUAUUCAAGCAGUAUGUUCAGUAA